AUGAUGGCUGAUACAUCCAUUUCCCCUUCGUCUAUUGAUGACAGUGAAAAGGGGGCCGUAGCAGGCCGACGAACUCAUGAGGAAAAAAGACCUGCUACGAAGUUUACGCGGUGUCGGACGGGGUGUUUGCGGUGUCGGACGAGGAGGAGGAAGUGCGACGAGACGAAGCCUCGGUGUCGAAAUUGCAUCGAGAAGAACCUGGUUUGUCGCUAUGGAGUACAAGUGACGUUUUUACCGAAGAAUACUUUGACGGUAGCGGAGGGGGAGUUGUGUACGAGUACGAAUAUGAAGUCGAUUGAGAAUGAAGAGAGGGUUGUGCGGAGAGAAGAGCGGCAGAGGAAGGGGAGGUGGAGGUGGGUUAAGUUUGUGAAUGAGGAUCCUACGCUGGGUGGGGAUGAUGUUGUAGAUGAGGAUAGUAUAAGCGAUGGGGCGAGGGCCUCGGGAGAUGAGACUGUGUUGGCUCCAUCUGGAAUUGGUUCUGAGGUCGAUAUUGGUGAUGAUGAUGGGCUGCAUGGCUCACCUGCCAUGCAAUCUUCAUUGGUUGGUAGUAAAGCCUUCAGCGAUAGGGACAAAUCCGCUGUACAUGGGCUUCUUGCGUUGGGGAUAGGGAAUGGUGUCAAUAAUGAUAAGGCUGUCCCGGAUGAAGGCUACGGGAAGAGUGGGUCUGAAUUCGUCUCGUCAGAGUUGGUGGCUAGCACGCCUGCCGUGAUGAAGCAUGCUCCUAGCUUUGUCGGGUUUUCUGAGAGGUUUCAUUCGAGCAUAAGAGCCAAUUCAUUGACAGAUACAGCAAAGCUGAAGUUGUUAUGUCACUACCGGUACCAUGUAGCACCAUGGCUCGAUAUUUGCGAUCUCACUCAUCCAUUCGGAAUCGCUGCGGUCCAGAUGGCACUCGGCUCGGAGCCGCUCAUGACAGCUCUGCUGGGACUUUCCAAUGCUUGCGUUAUUCUAAAGGAUAUGGGGAAUCAGCGAACGUCUCAUAUUAGUCGUAUUGAUCAGUGGACUCGUCCGCUGCGGUCAGAUAGCUUCACUUUAACUGCUGAGAAUGCUUUGACGGCCGUGCUAGAAGAGACAAGAUGGCUUGUCACCGAUAUCGCUCAGACUUGGAAGAACAUGGAGAACCUCAUGACACGGACACGGAAUCUUGAUCCAUUGACUCAUCAAGCCCUUGAUCCAGGUAUUGCGUCAUCUAUCUACUGGAUGUUCUUCCGCCUAGGUUCGUCCCAAACCUCCACGCAUGUAUGUGCCAUUCUGACCAAACCAGACUUGAGUGCAGCGCUCGCAAACGACAGACCAAUUCAGACACAACUUCCGAUGCUCCCAUUACCUAGCCUACCAAUUCUAUCGAGGAUAGAAGAAGUCCGAGAAAGAACCCGAGCGUAUGCCCAUGUCCUCCUCUGGCUGUGUGGAAAAGCUUUGAUGCUAUAUCACCAGCAGACCAGCCCCGGCCAGUUUACAGCCCCACCGCAGCAGCUGGAUAGCUGGCUGGAUGUUUUUGACGCAAUUGAGCAAUGGCACCAUCUGCGACCACACGAAUUAAAACCUAUGGUGGACUUGGGUGUUGACGAUCAACUUGCCCAGGCCGAAAGUGGAUUUCCGCUGCUGCUAUUCGCAAACGGGACGGGGGCCUUCUGCAAUCAGUUGUACCAUACUGCCAUGCUACUUUUGCUGCAGUGUAAGCCACGCACAGCACUGUUGGGCUUGCAGUCAAUAACGUUGUCGCCACUGUGGCAUUCGCAACGUAUCUGUGGCAUCGCACUGAAUAAUGACCGUCGGGAAUCCUGGGAUCCCUGCCUGAUAGCCUCAUUCCUGGUGGCUGCCAGAAGAAUGACACAUGAAUCGCAGCAACAGGAGAUUUUGGAAGGCUUUGAGCGGGUGUGCAAUAUCACCGGAUGGGACUUGGAUGGAUAUUUGACACAACUCCGAGAGGAUUGGUCCUUCAUUGAUGGUUACUAG